UGGCGGCGUCCUGUAGGCUCUUUUGCCAACCUUACUGCUUGAAUUUUUCGAUCACUUCGAACUAUGCUCGGCUCGCCGUGUGCGCGCACCCCAACAUAAUCUGCAGCGAUGACUCAAGGCGCGAGAAGCAACGCUGGCAAGAAAUCUGCGGCCGCGAAGCCGGCAUGCAACGGCAAUGCCGUUCGGUCCUCGUCGAAACUCCCGUGCGAAAACGUCCGGGGCGAGCCCCUGGACUUUUGCGCCGUCAAUUACGGCAAGAACUUAGUCCAGGAGUACAUAUUCCGGCACCAAGCCUUCAACACUAAGCGAUGGCUCGUCUUGACGCCUCUAUUUCUCGUCUGUUUUCUUCGCUGCGGUCUCCAUACGAGGGGAGUCGACAUCCUUGGCUUAUCCCUAAUCGUACUGUGUCUUCUCCUGGUUGUGAAACUUCGGCGGCGCGUCAAAGAGGAGUCGCUCCUGGUUAUGAGGUCCUUGGGUCUACAGACCACGACGACAUUCGUAACCGGGAGGCAGGAGUCGAGGUUCAUCAACAAGGAAAGCAUUGAAGACGUCGUGAUUUCGGAAGCAAUAUCCAUGCACAGUGUCAUCUUUUACCUGGUCAUAUUGCUGCACAACGUAGAUUCCAAGGUUCCCAGCUUGGUGCCUUUAUUUCAAAACACCAUGCCGAGGCUGGACGCUCUGAAGAUGGUUUACCGUGGCAUCCACGACACCUCUUGGAGUCUGCAGCAGUGAAGCCAUGCACGUGGGCAGUAACUAGAACUGCCACCAUCACCGUAAUUUUUUGUUGUUGUUAAUGACUCGCCGUUGACCAAGUCUGUCGGUGUCUUACAACCACUUGCCAUACUGACUUACAUGGUGAUUGUUUUUACCAUUUUUGGGCAGCACUGUUCAUUGUGGACAUCCUAGAUGCCCCUCAUGAUCAGUGACAUCCCAUCCUUAUUAUUUACUUAUUUAUAAAAAAAAGCCUACCCUUUUAGAGUUGUGAACUUGCCAAGUUUUUAGUCUAGCUGUUUAUGUAGUCAACUAGAGAUGUUUGCAGGCAUUUUCUGUCUGAAAGAAAACUUCAACUACAUAUCUCCUGCGUGUGUAUGCUUAAACCUUGUCAUGGAAGAGCUGCCUCAGCUUGCCAUUUAAAAUGUACAAAGUUUUAAUAAUUGCUCAUAGCUAUAAAAACCUUUAACAUUACGAGACUCUGCAACACUGAUUAUGUGGGUAAAAAAAUGCUUCCAAUUGAGGCUCCAUUGAAUAUCUUGGCCAUAUACUCUUGCACUGGGAGUUUAAAAUGUGUCAUCAAAAACAGUAAAAAAAAAAACGCUUGUGCUUGCCUCAACCACAUUGUCGUAGCUACGCAGCACGGAGUGCAAACAGGUGCGACAGGUGCAGGGUAAUUUUAAACAUGAAUACUGACAUUGUAGGGCCUUUCAACGGUACCUUAGGAAGGUGUUGCAGGACCUUUUUUUAUACUAAUACUAAUAUCAAGUUUUGUGCUUUGUAACUCGGUGCAUAUCAUGCGCCAUGCUGUCGUAUUAUUGACUGCGAUACAUUUUAUUUUCUUUAUACAUCUGUAUAUGUAUAUAACAUGUUUGUUAACCAAGGAGUUUCAAUGCACAAAUGCAUUGUUUCACGUGACAGAGACAUUUGUGACUGUGUAGUCUUUGAUGAUUAUGAUGUCUCAUCGCACAUGAUGUACCACUUUCAAUGUCACAGCUUUUGCAUUCGCAUUCUCUGCACUGCCAAAGGAAAGCAGGCUGUCGUAGCAUGUCAUUUGAUGCAGCAAGAUGUCAUUUGAAGUACUCGGCACUCUUUAAACGGCCUUAUUGUGGAUUCCAAUGGUAGAUUCGGAGUGGCCGACGAACUCUGUGCUGGAGAGGCAACCAAAGGAAAUCUGCCACUGGAACACAGGCACACCCGCCAGAGCAAAUGGAAGGGGGCGCUAGCGCACAUCCACUUCUGGAAGGGCCUGCCAUUUCUCGCCUUUGUGGGCACGUGCAGCAAAAAUGGGUGUGCUCGGGUAGCGCAUUACAUAAGCGACGUAGUAUGCCACGCUCCGCGCGCGUGCAGGGUGCUCGCGACUUUCUGUCAAAUUCGCCGCUCUUCACAGGGUAAUGAGAGCUGCUCAGUGGAGGGGAUCUGGCGGCAAAGAUUCUCCAGAUCUGCUAAUGAAACAUACAGGGAUCACUCUCAUUCGGUCUAAUGAACAGACUUGCUCUGCGUGGAGCAGAAAAACUGCUAUUGGAAGCGCUCUGAACCUGCCAAUAAAUUCACUGUUAGUGCAACUUAAAAGUAGUAAGUAGCUGGACUGGGUACAAAAUGUGAAAGCACUCAUGUGAUGUACAACCUCAUUGGUACGGUCCAAUUUCGUACAAAUUCUCGGUGCAAAUAUGUGAUAUUUCAUUAUCAAGUGAAACUGGGUGACGUUUUCCAAGAGUUUGUGUUUUAUCUUUCUCCAGAUAGUCCACUUCUUUCUGUCUCUUUUUUUUAUUUUUCAAGUGAUACAUCUAUCGAUCGCAAAUUUCAGUGGACAGUGUCAUACACGAAAAACCCAGCGCUGACCAGCAUACAGAAAUUCGGCGCUCGAGGGUAUGUCGGUUGCAAUCGCAUAUUUGCAAACACCUUUUUCUAAUAAUCGAUGCUCCCUCGAUUGUGGGCUUGUCAGCUAUCAGCCGUUUCCGAUAAGGCAAUCUGAUGUGUUAUUGAGGUCGCUUAUCAUUUUGCAUUUCCCAAUUUCAUUUUGCCUGAGUGUGAAUGCACAGCCAUCAUUGUUGCCCAUAGCAGCAAAAGUGUUGUGCUCCCUAAGCACGUGGGUUUCAAGUCCAGUUCCCAGCAUGGAGGAAGGAAACAGUUAUAAGAGAGCAUUGUAUGAUUCAAUAAAAAGAAGUUGCAGCGUGUGAGGCAAGCAAAGCGCAUGAGGCAUGCAGACGCAGAGCUUCGCUUGCCCCGCUAUGCUCGAUUGGGCAAGGGUGUCCGAAUAUUUUUGUUUUUCAAGAGCGCAUGUACAAGGUAUUACUGCACAUUACCCACAGAUUCAAAAGCGUCAUCAAUCUUUUCAGUAAAUGAUUGGUAUGCACCAUUUCUCGACAUAACUACCUCUUGCAGCGAUGAGUCUGGUCUCUGAAGAAAAUGUUGGCUUUUAUCUAUGCAUUCAAGUCUAAAUUACGCCGAUAUGACCCAAUUGUAGACAGUGGGAACGAAAAUAUGUACGUUGCGUAGCCCUAAA